AUGGCUUCCAAAGAGCAGUUCUCCGACAUACAAGCCGGCUGGGUGGCCCUCCGGAUACGAGCGAGGCAGCUCGCCGCUCCACCUCCCGCGCCUGACCCGGCGGAGCAAGUUGCCGCCCCAAGCCACCGCGUGGUUCAGCAACUCGCCGCUCCAGGCCCACUCGAUGAGGAGUGGCGAGUUGCUCCACGCAUUGCACAUGUGAGAUGCUUGGAUGGAUGGAUCUUUCAGCGGACUCGCAAAGGGAGGAUGUUUGCUACCGCUCCCAGCGUCACCCCCAUCUCCCGGCGAGGUCCUGGCUCAGCCUCGCCGGCAUCAACGCUCGUCGCCGGCGCUCCGCACAUAGCCCCCAUCUUCGACCUCAUCCCAAAAUCGACCAGCGCGCGCAAAAUUCAUGGGCCGCUGUCCCUCAGGGGCUCCCUCAAGGCCCUCGAAGCCGAUAUCCACCACGCCAACACCCUGGCGCAUGCUAUCCACAGGGCCUACGGGGGCACCUGCGUGCAGAUGAGGCUGUCCUACAGCACCAUGGCUCCAAUCAUCCUCAACCUUAUCCAGUGGAUGGACUGCAGCUGCUCCCUCUCCUACACCCUCCCCAGCUACCUGGGCCUCCUCGAGGUUCUUGUCUACAAGGUUUAUGUUGAUGGGGAUGCGUCCAUAUCCACCAUCGAAAGGCGAGCGAGCCUCAAAGAAUUCUACGCCAUAAUAUACCCCUACUUGCAACAAAUUGAGGAGAACGUCAUGGCGAAGGAGUGCAAGGAGAAAGGGUGGUGCAAGGGGGACGGCGACAGCGGCGGCCGCCGGAAGCUUUACGCCGAUGAUAAGGACGCCGAGAGGGAAGACGAGUGCGGCAUUUGCCUGGAGACCUGCACCAAGAUGGUCCUUCCCAACUGCAACCAUGCCAUGUGCAUCAACUGUUACCGAGACUGGUACACAAGAUCUCAGUCCUGCCCAUUCUGCCGCGGAAGCCUGAAGCGAGUCCAGUCCAGGGAUCUGUGGGUGCUCACCGGCGACGAGGACGUGAUCGACCCCGUGACCCUGGAGAAGGAGAAUGUGAGGCACUUCCACAGCUUCAUCGACAGCCUGCCCCUCAUCGUCCCUGACAACCUCCUGCUGGUCUACUAUGACUACCUAGUCUAG